UAUAUUGUUCUCUUCUGCCACUCUUUUUGAUUAUCCCACUAACAAUUUUCCAUCAUUAUACCUUCUUAUUUAAGUGAGCAAAUAUAUUUAAACCGUAUGUCCCCCUUUUGACACCUUUUCUCCUUACCAUUCACACUUUUUAUAUCAACUUUGAAAUCCAAAUCCCACCUUCAAAAUCUCAUUUUUUCCACUAAUCAAAUCAAACCCAUUUCAAAAAUGCAGAUUUCUAUAUGGGUUUCUAAAAUCUUGAUCAUUUUCUUGGUUUGUGUUUGUGGGUUGUCACAAGCCCAAAUCUGUUCCGAAGUUGAUAGGGCCGCACUUCUCGGGUUCAAAGCGAGAAUCGUGAAGGACACUACUGGUAUUGUGUCUUCUUGGAUCGGUAAAGAUUGUUGUGCAGGCGGUUGGGAAGGCGUUCAAUGUGAUCUCACGGGGCGGGUGACACAAAUCUUGUUACAAAGGCCAGUUGAUAAAAAUAGUGGUGUUUACAUGAAGGGUAUCCUGUCCCCUACUUUAGGUGACUUGAAGUUUUUAGAGAUUUUGGUGAUUAGUGGGAUGCAGAGGCUAUCAGGUACAAUCCCGUCAAGUUUUUCGGGUCUUAAACGUCUCACGCAACUUGUGCUCGAAGAUAACUCGAUCGAAGGAACCAUCCCUUCAAGUUUAGGCCAAUUGUCCUUACUCCAAACACUUUCAUUAAGCGGAAACCGCUUAACCGGCCCAAUCCCGCCCACUUUACAAAAGUUAAACAAGCUUCUUCAGCUUAACUUAGCACGAAACUCACUCUCGGGCACCCUUAGUUUCGUAAACCUUACCCGUUUGCAGUAUCUUGAUUUAAGUUACAAUAUGUUAUCAGGCCCGAUCCCACUCGUUAUCGGACAGUUGUCGGAUUUGGUAUUCCUCGACCUUUCUAAUAACCGAUUCGCGGGUCCCAUACCCAAUUCGUUCGGCAACUUGCAGAAGCUUCUAGACUUGUCCUUGAACAACAAUCUACUGACUGGCCAACUCCCGCCAUGGAUAGGGCGGCUCAAGUCGCUUAACACACUCUCUCUCGGUUUCAACCAGCUCGUUGGUCAAAUCCCGGAAUCUAUCUCCCAAUUACCGCACUUAUGGUACCUUAAUUUAUCUCGAAAUUCACUUUCGGAUCCUUUACCUAAUGAUGCAUUAUCUAAGGGUAUCCCUUCUCUACUGUCUAUAGACCUGUCUUACAAUAAGUUCAAUUUUGGAACCGUUCCGAAGUGGAUUACAAACCGACAGCUGUCAGCUGUCGGUUUGGCAGGGUGUAAUCUCAAAGGGUUGUUACCGGUUUUUACAAAACCAGAUUCACUCACAUCUAUAGACCUUUCUGACAACCGUUUCACAGGAGGGAUAUCAAGUCUCUUUCAAAAAAUGUCUAGCUUGCAAAAGGCGAAAAUGUCAAACAAUCAACUUAAGGGGAAUCUAUCGGAUAUCAAACUUCCGAGUGGGCUCGCGUUACUGGACCUCCACAAAAAUGAGCUUUCGGGCACGCUAUCGGAUCUGAUACAGUCAACGGGCCGGUUCUUGGAGACACUUGACUUGUCGAGCAAUCAAAUCACAGGGACGAUUCCUAGUACGAUCUCGAAGCUUGCCGCGCUCAAGACGUUGGAUGUUUCGAGAAACCAUAUAACGGGGACGAUUCCACCGAGUUUGGGAAAUGUGUCAAGAUUAGGGUGGCUGGAUAUAUCAAUCAACUCGAUCGGAGGAAAGAUACCAACUAACUUGUUGAUGAUUGAAAAAUUAAAGCAUGUUAAUUUCAGGACAAACAAGCUAUGCGGCGAAAUCCCACAAGGAAGACCGUUGAACAUCUUCCCGUCGGCUGCUUAUGCACACAAUCUUUGCUUAUGUGGCAAGCCGUUGACACCUUGUAAGCAAGGUUAAACCGAUUAGUGGCUCCGGUUGGGCCAGCAGGAUGCUGACUCGUCGUACAAAGCCAUCGUUCGACAAGAGGGAUUGUAAGAUUAUGUUGUAUGUCUUACUUUAAGUUUUUAUUUUUAAGCAUUAGAUUAGAUGGUUUCAUCAUCCUUUAGAGCAAUAAAGUAUGAUCAACUUGUAGCCUUGUAGGCAACUAUUUGUUAUUUCCAUACUAAUGUUAUAAUCAGUUAAUGACAAGAAAGAUUUAUGAUUUAUAUAAACCAGUUCAACCUUUGUUUGUUUCCUUGAGGGUGAAGAAACUACAUCAUUAUCAGUAUUUGAUCU